UGAACGCUCUCUCAACGCAGACCAGGGAGGUUUGGUCCAAAUUCUAAUUAAAUCGGUAAGAAAAUAAUGUUAGAAGACUGAAAUUACCCAUGUAAACGAGCUGAGCAGAUGCAGCUAGACUACAGUUGAUGAUUGAGCAAACUUGGAUAAUAAGAUGGCUGGGACUGAGAAAACUGCACAAGACGAUGAUGUUUCCAAAACAGAUCCCAAGCCCUUUGAUGCAAGCCUUUUCUUUCAAAGUGAAGCAAACAAGCCCUCCUCACCAAGUUUUCCUGUAGAGAGUCCCUUCAUGGAGCAUCCUACUGGUACACCUCAAAUCAAUAUGGAACAAUCUAAUGAUAAGACAAGAGGAAAUGAAGAGGAAGGGAUGGGUCAGAACAAACCUGGUCUGCAGGAACCAGUUGUAAAGGACACGCAGCCAUCAGUAGCAAGCUUCUUUGCUAAAGACCAGGACUUGACUCAGAGUUCUGGAAGCUUCUUUGAUUCAUUUGCCAGUGCGCGCGGAGAUGAGAACGACUUGUUUUCAACACCACCCUCAUCCAUUGGAGCGACACCGGUGUCACCGGAAGGUGGGGAGUUUAUGAAGGAUCCUCUAGGCUUAUCGGAUGUUGUCCCAACGAAUAUGGUAGAUAUAGCUGGAAAUAACAGCGAGACAGUGAGCAUUGACUCCACAAAUCUGCUCACUGAAGAAGAUGCUAAGAUGGGGAGUGGGAGUAAUAUGGACACAAUGAGCAUGGAUUCAACGAACCUUUUGUCAGAGGAGGACAAAGAUGAUCAAAGCAUUGAUCAAGGGAAUGAGAGCUUUGAAUCAAAGAAUGACCUGAUGGGGGAUGGAGAAGUAGAAUCUGUGAAGGGAAGACUUGAGACGACGACGAUCUCCCUUGAGAGUCCCGAGACCGAGGCAAGGGUGAUUGAAGAAGGUACACACAGUGCUGCAGCCAUGUCAGACCAAGGUGUCAAGGAUGUAGCAGCUCCUGCUGCUGGAGGAAAACCUUUAGAGACUGUUUCUGAUCAGGUCACAAUUGAUGCUGGCACAAGCUUUGGUGUCGAAGAUGAUAAUACCAUUCCUGAUGCUCAGGUGGGAUCUCCUUAUGAAUCCAGCACUACAGAAUCACAUCUGUCAACUACACCACCACUAUCACACACUUCCCAAGAAGAUACUGUCACUGACUCAACAGAUUCACUUGGCGUUCCUCCACCCCUUGUCUCAUCCUUCAGUGCUCCUUCUGGUCUUGUCAAUCCCAACCAUGUCAGGCCACACGUGCCGUUUCAGUCCACCGCAUCCCAAGAAGAUGAUGAUCCAUUUGUGGAAGCACUCCGAACCAGUGAGAGCGAUCGUCGGCACGAUGCAUGGAUACCAUCAGAAGCCACUCAAAGGAUCUUGGAGAAUCGUAGUAUCGCUCAGCAAGGAUCAGAAUACGUGAUCAGGGAUCAGCUUACCAUGCCUGGUAUAAUUGUUGAAGAGCCACAGGGUGAUCCAAUCAAAGAGCUUGUUCAGAGAUACAUGGGUGAACAGGAAUCAUCAAAGAGAUCCGUGCUCACUGUGAAUCAAGUCACGAGAGAUGAACAUGGACUAAAGAGGUUAUUGGAUGCAGGGUGUCUACGUGCUGCAGUUGAACUAACAGGUCUACUAUUAACCUCUGGAGGUCAGGGAAAAGGUCAAGCUGGGAUGCCUUCGAGACACACCCCUCAUCUAAUGCAGGUAUGGUUUACCAGGAUUUCAGUGUUGAUAAAGCUACAGCAGUUCACCGCAGCAGAGCAAGAAUUAGAUGCGUUUGGUACAAUGGAUAAGCCUGAUCUAUUCUAUGGCUACUACCCAGACCUCUACCCUGGCAGACAAGGUUCUAUGGUGCCUUUUUCAUUUCGUUUGAUCCAUGCCGAGUUGGCUAUGCAUGUGGGCAAGCACCAAUUGUGUUUGGAUAGACUCUCUGCCAUUUUAUCUGUUUGUCAAAAGAUUCUUCAGAAUCUCAGAGAUGGGAAGUCAGAAUAUGGACGAUCUAUAGAGCUCUCGGAAGAGAAUAGAAAAGCAUCUUUGAUUUUGUGGGAAAGUAGACAAAUUCGAGUGCUUCAUUCAGUAGGAAACUGCCUAGUCAGUAUGAAGGAGUACAUGCAAGCAGUGAAUGUGUUUAAGUCAUUGGUAAAGAAAGAACCAGAGAAUGAAAUCAACAUCAUGAGCGGUAUUGCCAGGGUCUAUCUUCAGCUUGGAGACUUAAAGUCUGCCCAAGAUGUGUACAGUGAGAUUGAGAAGAAGAUUACCGCUGCUGGGUCUUCGGUCAAAAAUGCUAGAAUACAUAUCAACAGAGGUUUUCUGAAAGUAGCCCAGAAUCAGUAUGCAGACGGCUACAAGCAUUUCAAUGAAGCACUCAAGAUAGACCCUACAAACUUCAUGGCCAUUAACAAUGUCUCGGUAUGCUGCCUGUACCUCGGCAAACUAAAGGAGGCACUCUCACUUCUUGAGAACCUGGUGAACAAAGAUAGCAGCGAAUUCUUAGACGAGUCUCUCAUCUUCAAUCUCUGCACGCUUUAUGAAUUGGAGUCGUCAAAGAGCAUCGUCAAAAAACAGAACCUUCUAAGUCUUGUUAGUAAGCAUAAGGGGGAUGGGUUUAAUGUCAGUUGUCUUAAAAUGCCAUAGCUGGUCCCUGGUGUAAAGUAAAACUUGUGUAUGAAGUCUGCUUGAUGGAUAGAGAUUGUCAGAGGCAUCGGCCAGUAUUCUAAGGUCUAGUUUUACAUUGGCCAUGCUAUAUACGCUCUGUGCUUAUUCUUUCUCAUAUCCUUGCUCCAAGUUGGUAUUAUUCACUCAAGCAAUUGAUAAAUGACCUGAAGGAUUAGUAUUGAUUAAAAUCACUCAAUCUUUGUCCAGAUAGGAAGUGACCGAUCAAAUAAAGGAUAUACAAUACGAUCCAUUGGCAAUUCAGUUUUAGGGGGAAAUAUCGUAAUAGCAUUUUGAUAUGAAGAUUCCAAACUGUUAAAAUAUUUGCAAUAAAAGUUCUGAAUAGUAGUAUGACUACCAAAAUAAAAAUACAAUUCUCUUGCCGUGCACCCUGAAAGACUAAUAGCUUAAUUAGUCAUCUUUGAAAUGGGCUACAUUGGGAGCCAAUAAAUAUGGACUUUAUUUCUACCACAAGACUUUGCAGUAAAGUAGAAUUUAGGUCCUAGUAUUCUUAACAUUCAUUGUGAUCUUCAAAUAAGAUGAUUAUAAUUGAACUGUCAUAUUUAGUGAAAUAUGUAUUUGUUGAAAAAUUGGUUCACAGAUGGGUCGUAUAGUGGGUGCACCACAAAAUGCACCACUUUGACCCUUGUAAAUGUGCAAGGUUUUAGUAUUAUAUUUUGAUCAAUGUUGAAUGAUGUCAUGAGUUUGCUUGCAUAACUCAAUGCAGUUUGAAUUUCAAUAAAAAGAGGCUCUUGCUAGUGAAACAAUUUUGGUCGCCACUCAUCGUGUUUAACACAAUAAAUGUUGCCGAGCUUUGUCUGAACAUGACUGAAUUUUUAAUGAAGAGUGCAAUAUAAUAUUGACUGGGUUCAAGGGAAAUCUGUAUGGUAUCUGCCAAAAUUCAACACCAGUCAGUAUAAUAUAAACUUCAACUUUAUAUGUGUGAUUCAAGCUUUUAUUAAGAACAAUUUUUAUGCAUGUUUGUCUGUUGGUACUUCUGAGGUUUAGGUUUUUCAUGAAGUAAUCCUUGAGAAGUAAUUAAGACGUGAAUCGUUACCACUCAGUGCCAUGCAGAUACACUAACACGUACAUAAUAUUGCACUUGGGCUUGAUCGGCAGGGGGAUAUGGAUAUCAUAGUCAUGGAUUGAUAAUUUAGUAGGAAAAUUACAAAUACUGCAGAUGGGUGUAUGAAUAUCAUGGUUAUCAGUCUUAAAGGUGAGCUGUGGCUAGGCCAUUGUGAUGUAUUUUGUGUUGAGUUACUCAGUAAGGCAGACAAAAUAUGUGUUAAUAUCUUGUCUCUUUUUUUGCCCCAUUCAGGUCCCAGGGGGGGGGGGGGCACUUUACAUUGACGAGUGGAUACCAUGCGUGACCAAACAAGUAAAAAGGACGCCUUUUUCAAAAUAGGGCAUGUUACGUACAUAAAAUAAUAAGGGUGUAAAAAACUCUAAAAUUGGAAUAAAUUUAAAAGGGUAUCUAUUUCGCUAGGAAAGCUACGGUACAUGUUUAUGAUCAAAUUUGCAAGGGUUUAAAAAGACUAAUAAAGGAUCUACUUUUUGCCCCAACAGUCAACGUUACGUGUUUAGAGUAUGAUUUGCGCGAGUUGGGGAGGUGGGCCGUACUAACCCAAUGAUGUAGGUAAAGGUAAAACCGACCUCCAUGAAAUAUAAAAAUAUCGCUGUACUUGUUUAGGGGUUCA